AUGGCGGCUGUGGCGCAGAGUCAUGUUCAAGAUGACGUACAUCCGUUGUUGAGACAUCCACGCCCAAUCAAGAGGGAUCCCGCAACAGCGCAGCGCAUGCUUAGCAUGAUUGCAGACUCUGACGAUGUAUUGAGAAGUAUCCACCGCGAAAAGUCUGUUACAACACGAUGGCUAGAACGACCAAUGUACGGAGAUUCAAAGGUGGUUGGCGGAGAGGAAGAAAAGGAGGAAGUCAAGGAGCAGCCUGUGGUGUUGAAGGAAGAGGCUAAAGAACAACCCGUGCUGUUGAAGGAAGAGGCGCCCAAGGAAAAUACAAAAGAAAGCGAUUUUGAUUUACUGGACAAAUGGACGAACCCGGAUAGGCCGACAUCAUCUUUCAACCCCGAGGAAACUUUGAAGAAGCUUGUUCCAAAUCCAGAUCCAAAUUCAAACAUCGACGCAUCUUCAAUGAGGAGACGACCCCAGCCACUCACACGUCCGAUAUCGUACAACGCACAACAUCUGCUAUCGCCAGACUGGACUGCUUCACCAUCUACAUUGAGCCCUCAAACAUCAAGCCAGCGACCCGCAUCGUCAUACCUGGAUAGUCUAGACAGGACCAGAGGUGGAAUCUCUUCGCGAGGCAGUUGCGAAUGCGAACAUCCACAAGUACAUCCUGUGGCAUAUACGUAUCCCCCCACACAGCAAGCGAUAGAAGCACGGAAAGAACGGCCUGCAUCAUAUCAACCAGACAGCUUCACCUCCCUCGACAGUCCACCACUGCCGCCACGCCCACGUCCGACCUCCUAUGCAACUUAUCAGCCUCGCCCUCGCGUUCGUUCCGGUGGUAAAAUUGCCUCCUCGCGAGGAUUACGAAACAACACUUAUCCCAACAACUUGUCAAAACCUGUGCCUGGCAGUGCGGCCAAAGCAGUUGCUGGAGAGAAUAUUGAAAAUGAUAUGGUAUACCAGCGCUUCGGAGAUGAUGAGGUUGGCCCCCCCACACCCGCAACAUCAGGGGCCCCGACAUUGUCACCACUGCCGGCAUGGUCGGCAGCAUCGGCGACUCCGAUCAACACUGGUCGGGAUGUUUUUGAGCAGUUCGAGGAGAAGAGCAAACCAGAGAAGAAAAUAAAACACAGAUGGUCAACAAUACCACAAGCAUUGAAGAAUUUCAGCGCAAAGAGAAGGGAGUCAGCAGCUACACAAGAUCAGCCAAAGUUUUCCAUGGUCGUAGACGAUUUACGACGCAUGAACCUGACAGCAGAGAAUUUACAACACUACGAGGCUGUUUCCAGUCGGGAAUCAACGCCAAAACGCAUGUCAACAGUCGAUCUCAUUCCGACACCAACCUUAACCCCCUCCGACUUCCCACCCACACACUUGGACGCGCCUCUACCAGCGCCCUUUGCUCCCUGGGCCAAUGCUCCCCCAAGUCCCGCCGUAACUGCAGACCGACGGCGCAGCAGUGGCAACCCUCUUACCCUGAACACAAUGUCUUCGGGUGUGGAGACCAUGCCACAGGUGCGCCCUGUAUCGUGGCACUCGCGCCGCAGUAGCAUCAUCGCCGUCCCCUCGCCAGGGGUGACAUGCACAGCCCCCCAACUACGCCACACCAAGGAUGUAGCCAUCAGCCCGCGUGCAACACCACCAAGCUCGCGGCCUUGCUCGCGACGCAAUACUCCAGCCAUAGAACGCACAUGUAUAUUGUGCAAGACGAGCAGGCCCGUUUACGAAUUUGUUCAACGAAGGAUCACGGCGAAUUGCUGGCAUGAACCGGCGACUUGUGCGGGAUGCAUGCAAGGCUGGCUUAGACAGAGCGUGGAUAUCAAUGGCUGGGAGGGUUGUUCGUGCCCCGAGUGUGGAGAGAGGAUGGCAAGCGAGGAUGUUGCUGCUUUUGCAGAAGUUUCGCCGCUAUGA